GUCUAGAGUUCCCUCUAUUUCUGCCCGGAGUUACUGCCGGGUGCGGCAGCCAGUAGCUACUUCCGCCAGAAGUCCCUAGCGGCUCAGGCUCUGGCUCCCGCUCAGAUGCGGCCCCGACGCCGGGUCCUCCUCUUCCGUAGCCUGCCCGUCAGUGGCCCUUGGCAGCGAAGACUGCAGGGCCUGCGGUAAAGCCUUCUCUGCGACCAGCGGUGCGGAAGAGACUCCGGGUAGUGGCCAGGGCGGUGCCCGCAGGCCUUGACACACCCGCCCAGUCGGGGCGGGGCUCGACCUCCCGGGCCCGCCCAGCCGGUGUCCUGGGUCUGCGGAUUAACCGCCUCGCACCUGCGGGAGUCGACACCAUCCCCUAGGCUGUGGCCGCGCCGGGAACAUGGAGUUCGCGGAGCUGAUUAAGACCCCGCGGGUGGAUAAUGUGGUGCUGCACCGGCCUUUCUACCCCGCCGUGGAAGGGACCUUGUGUCUGACGGGCCACCACCUGAUUCUCUCCUCCCGGCAGGACAACACGGAGGAGCUCUGGCUCCUCCAUUCAAAUAUCGACGCCAUUGACAAACGAUUUGUGGGCUCUCUGGGUACCAUCAUCAUAAAGUGUAAAGAUUUCCGAAUUAUUCAGUUGGAUAUUCCUGGAAUGGAGGAAUGUUUAAAUAUAGCGAGCUCCAUUGAGGCUUUGUCCACUCUGGACUCGGUCACCCUGAUGUACCCUUUCUUCUACCGACCCAUGUUUGAGGUGAUGGAAGAUGGCUGGCAUUCCUUCCUUCCUGAGCAAGAAUUUGAGCUCUACUCUUCUGCUACCAGUGAAUGGAGACUAAGCUAUAUCAAUAAGGAAUUUGCCAUCUGUCCUUCCUACCCACCAACCGUCAUUGUGCCCAAGUCCAUCGACGAUGAUGCCCUUCGGAAGGUGGCAGCCUUCCGACACGGGGGCCGCUUCCCAGUGCUGAGCUAUUACCAUAAAAAGAAUGGCAUGGUGAUUAUGCGAAGCGGCCAGCCUCUGACUGGCACAAAUGGGAGAAGGUGCAAGGAGGAUGAGAAGCUGAUAAAUGCCACCCUCAGGGCGGGAAAGCGUGGCUACCUCAUCGACACCAGAUCACUAAAUGUGGCCCAGCAAGCCCGAGCCAAAGGAGGCGGCUUUGAACAGGAAGCUCAUUAUCCCCAGUGGAGGCGGAUUCACAAGUCCAUUGAGAGAUACCACGUUCUUCAGGAGAGCUUAAUCAAACUCGUGGAAGCAUGUAAUGAGCAAACCCACAACAUGGACCGAUGGCUGGGCAAGCUGGAGGCCUCCAACUGGCUGACACACAUCAAGGAGAUUCUGACCACCGCCUGCCUGGCGGCGCAGUGCAUUGACAGGGAAGGAGCGUCAGUACUGAUUCACGGCACGGAAGGAACUGACUCUACCCUGCAGGUGACUUCUCUGGCCCAGAUCAUCCUAGAACCAAGAAGCAGGACCAUCCGAGGCUUUGAGGCCCUGAUAGAGCGAGAGUGGCUGCAGGCUGGUCACCCAUUCCAACAGCGCUGUGCACAGUCAGCCUAUUGCAACAGCAAGCAGAAGUGGGAAGCACCCGUGUUCCUUCUCUUCCUGGACUGUGUGUGGCAGAUCCUGCGGCAGUUCCCUUGUUCCUUUGAGUUUAACGCGCACUUCCUCAGCAUGCUCUUUGAGCAUGCUUAUGCCUCACAAUUUGGAACAUUCCUGGGCAACAAUGAGAGUGAAAGAUGUAAGUUGAAACUACAGCAGAAAACAAUGUCGUUGUGGUCAUGGGUCAAUCGGCCCAGUGAGCUGAGUAAAUUCACCAAUCCGCUCUUUGAAGCCAACAACCUGGUCAUCUGGCCCUCUGUAGCUCCACAGAGUCUCCAGCUGUGGGAAGGGAUCUUCCUACGUUGGAGCAGAUCCUCUAAGUAUCUGGAUGAAGCAUAUGAGGAAAUGGUUAACAUCAUUGAAUACAACAAGGAGUUACAAGCCAAGGUCAAUGUCCUGAGGAGGCAGUUGGCCGAAUUGGAAACAGAGGAUGGGCUACGAGAAAGUCCUUGAAAGAGGCACUGCCCUGACG